UGACAUUCACACACACACACACAAACAUAAAAAUCAAAAACAAGAAAAAAACUAAUUUUCACGAAACCCGAAGCUCUAAGUUAUUCCUCUACUGUUUCAAUCUCAUCUCCUCCAUCUCAUAGACCCUGAGUGGCAAUUUCUAGGGUUUUCACAUUUUUCUUUUCUUUUCCAUUUCUGGAAACUAGUACAAAGGCUUCUUUUCUCGUCUUCUACUUUUGGGGGAGACAGAAAUGGAGACAGACGAAGCAUACCAAAAGAAAGAGCGCGCUGCACUUGUAGCCAUUGUCGUUCUUGCUUGUCUUGCUCUGUCUUCUUUGUUCGUUGCCUUUAGCUACUACUGCUACAUUCGUAACAAAGUUUCUAAGCGUCACAGGAUUAGCAAGAGGUUUGAUUGCGAGGAGAAAGGUGAUUGUCAAAAGCUACAAGAUGUUACUGACAAUGGGCUGCAGAUUUUCACUUUUAAGCAAUUGCAUUCAGCGACUGGUGGGUUUAGCAAGUCUAAUGUGGUUGGGCAUGGUGGCUUUGGGUUGGUUUAUCGUGGUGUGCUUAGCGAUGGGAGAAAAGUUGCUAUCAAGUUCAUGGAUCAUGCAGGGAAGCAAGGGGAAGAAGAAUUCAAGAUGGAGGUUGAGUUACUAAGCCGCCUGCGUUCACCGUACUUGUUGGCACUUCUUGGCUAUUGCUCAGAUAAUAGUCACAAGCUGCUUGUGUAUGAGUUCAUGGCAAAUGGUGGUCUGCAGGAACACCUGUAUCUUAACAACAGAUCUGGUUCUGUCCCACCGAGAUUAGAUUGGGAAACUCGGAUGAGAAUAGCUCUGGAAGCUGCAAAAGGCUUGGAAUAUCUCCAUGAACAAGUAUCACCCCCAGUGAUUCACAGAGACUUUAAGAGCAGCAAUAUUCUGCUGGACAGAAACUUCAAUGCCAAAGUUUCAGAUUUCGGAUUGGCCAAAGUGGGAUCGGAUAAAGCUGGUGGACAUGUAUCAACCCGUGUAUUAGGCACACAAGGAUAUGUAGCUCCUGAGUACGCAUUAACCGGUCACCUGACAACAAAAUCAGAUGUCUAUAGUUAUGGUGUAGUCCUGUUAGAGUUGCUAACUGGUAGAGUUCCAGUAGAUAUGAAGAGAGCUACAGGGGAAGGCGUUCUUGUCUCUUGGGCUUUGCCUCUAUUGGCUGAUAGAGAGAAAGUAGUAGACAUAAUGGAUCCAACACUCGAAGGACAGUACUCGACAAAAGAAGUUGUUCAAGUUGCAGCAAUAGCAGCAAUGUGUGUUCAAGCAGAAGCUGAUUACAGACCAUUAAUGGCAGAUGUGGUGCAGUCACUGGUUCCGUUAGUGAGAAACCGUAGGUCAGCUUCAAAGCUUAGUGGCUGCUCCAGUAGCUUUAGCUUGGCUCGGUCUCCUAAUUCGCCGGGUAAAGCAAGCAUCGGUUCUCAGUAAAUCAGAGAGAAAACAAAAUGUAAGGCUUCUUUUAUGUACCCACUGGAUUUGCUAAAACAGACUCUAAUGUUACACUUUGGGUGACCAAACAUGGGAAUUAAUAAUGAUCAUAUCAAAUAAAGACUUUUUAAAUACA